CGAUCGAUUGACUGUGCUGGAGGAGACCACUCGAGAGGCUGGAAGAGUGACAUAAAGAUGGCGAUGCCUUCCCAAGUGCAGGAGGAUGGGGAGUGGGAAGAGGAGGAGGAGCAAUUGGUUGUGGUGGAACUCUCAGGAAUUAUCGACCCAGACUUUCUGUUGAAAUGUAGGAAUGAGUGUAAAAUUGUGGGAAUAGACACAGAGCAGCCAAUUAUGCAGGUGGACAGAUGCGUGUUUGCUGGAGAGUAUGAAGAUGUGUUGGGAACGUGCGUGAUAUUUGAAGAAGCCUUUGAGCCAGAUCCUGAAUCAGAGGAUAAACCAUCACUCAAGUACAAAUGCCACACAGCAAAGAAGUUGCUAAUGAAGAGGACGUUCCUGAGUGAGAAGAAGGAGGGUGAAGAGAGCACAGGAGGGGUGGAGUAUUUGAAGAUCAAAGAAAACGAUUUCACGCGAAGAGCUGGUCUGAUUUGCAGCUUCCUCCCAAACCGCAGCAGUUCGAAGGAUGAUGGUGGUAGAGCAACAUCCGAAGGGGUCCUCGAUCCACUGGCAGUUCAGGACAAGGAGCUAUCUAAUGCCAGUUCAGGUUCAGACGGUGAAGCCAGUGACCAUGAAAGUGCAGACUUAAGCCAAGGGCUGGAAAGUUUCACAGAUGAACGUGCUGGUGUGAGCUGUGAGAUAAAACCAGAUCCUAACAGUAGUGUACAGGAACUUGGAGAACAGACAUCCACCGAACAAAAUGGGAAGUGAGCAACUGCUUUCUUCUCUAUUUUUACUGCGGACAACAUUCCCAACAAUUCCAUUUCAUUGGAAACCUCCCCUCUCUUCCUAAAGGUGCUAUUGCUGCUGUCACAAUGCCACUGCACCGACAGUUACCCAAUUUGUUACCCAACCAUAAUAACCAUGGUGAUGACUAUCAGCAGGCUGUAUGACUAAGAGUAUAUGUUAGCAGUCUGGUCCUGUUCAUGUGUGUGUAUACACUGGUAAGAAUGUGGUUAUGAACCAAGGAAAGCAUAAUAACUCUUUACAUUUUUAGUUGAAAUAUGUUUGAUAUUGUUUGUGGUUAGAUAGAGUAUUUUGAAAUAAUUUGUAGCUGUUCAGUAUCAUGGCCUUUACUUUUGUUUGUGAAUUGGUGAAUAUCUAUACGUAUUAAAAUUUCAGAGCGGCAUUAACUCUUGGAUUUGACAAUACUUAUUUAGUUUAAUUAAUGCACA